AUGAGAGUUGCAAUCUUUCUCCAUGUCAUCUUGCUCUGGGCAGCCACGACAACAAUCCUUGCGCAACCGAUCAAGGGAGACAACGGGAACAGCACUGCAGGUGCGCUGAAGUUGGACAGCGAAGUUGACGGCUGGACCCGCGAAAAGAAGCCGACGGGCACCGAGGAGCGGCCACAUAAAUGCCCAUACGACCCUUGCGAUACAGCAUGCGAGGUUUGGGCGGUAUUGAUCUCCUUCGGGCUCAGCUGUUUGGGCUGCCAGUCGGUCCAUAAACACUGCUACUACUGGGACAACUAA